GGGGCGGGGGCGCUGCCGCAGCCGCAGCGGGAGCAGCCCGGCCCGGCCUGGCCCGGCCCGGCGCGGCCCCCGCACAUCCGGGCGCUGCUGCAGGCCCGGCCCGUGCUGUGGCGGCGCGGCCCGGGCGCUCCCGGCCGGCGCGGUCCGGCGCGAUGCUGCGCUGCAUGCCGCCGCUCUGGCGCUGCAACCGGCACGUGGAGGCGCUGGACCGGCGGCACUGCUCGCUGCAGGCCGUGCCCGAGGAGAUCUACCGCUACAGCCGCUCGCUCGAGGAGCUGCUGCUGGACGCCAACCAGCUCCGCGAGCUGCCCAAGCCUUUCUUCAGGCUCCUGAACCUGCGCAAGCUGGGCCUGAGCGACAAUGAGAUCCAGAGGCUGCCCCCCGAGGUGGCCAACUUCAUGCAGCUGGUGGAGCUGGACAUCUCCCGCAACGACAUUCCAGAAAUUCCUGAAAGCAUCAAAUUCUGCAAGUCCCUGGAAAUCGCAGACUUCAGUGGGAAUCCUCUCUCCAGGCUGCCCGAGGGCUUCACCCAGCUCCGGAGCCUGGGCCACUUGGCCCUGAACGAUGUGUCCCUGCAGAGCCUCCCCACUGACAUUGGGAAUUUGGCAAACCUGGUGACUUUGGAGCUGCGUGAGAACCUGCUAAAGACUCUCCCCACCUCCCUCUCCUUCCUUGUCAAGUUAGAGCAGUUGGAUCUCGGUGGCAAUGACCUGGAAGUGCUGCCAGACACUCUGGGCGCGCUCCCGAACCUGCGUGAGCUGUGGCUGGACCGGAACCAGCUCUCAGCCCUGCCACCGGAGCUGGGCAACCUGCGCCGCCUGGUGUGCCUGGACGUGUCUGAGAACAAGCUGGAGCAGCUGCCCAACGAGGUCAGCGGGCUGGUGGCACUGACGGACCUGCUGCUGUCCCAGAACCUGCUGGAAUGCAUUCCCGAUGGCAUCGGUCAGCUGAAGCAGCUCUCCAUCCUCAAGGUGGACCAGAACAGGCUGACAGACAUGACAGAGUCGAUUGGGGACUGUGAAAACCUGUCUGAGCUCAUCCUGACUGAGAACAUGCUGACGGCCUUGCCCAAGUCCCUGGGCAAGCUGGCCAAGCUGACCAACCUGAACGUGGACCGGAACCGGCUGACGGCGCUGCCCGCGGAGAUCGGCGGCUGUGCCAACCUCAGCGUGCUGUCCCUGCGCGACAACCGCCUGGCACUGCUGCCCCCCGAGCUGGCCAACACCACCGAGCUCCACGUGCUCGACGUGGCUGGCAACAGGCUGCAGAACUUGCCCUUUGCCUUGACAAACCUUAACCUGAAAGCCCUGUGGCUGGCAGAAAACCAGUCCCAGCCCAUGCUCAAGUUCCAGACAGAGGAUGAUGAGAAGACAGGGGAAAAGGUUCUCACUUGCUACCUGCUCCCCCAGCAGCCCUCUCCCAGCCUGGAGAACCUGCUGCAGAACAGCGUGGAUGAGAGCUGGACAGACAGCAACUUGAACAGAGUCAGUGUGAUCCAGUUCCUGGAUGAGCCCAAAGGAGAUGAGGAUGAGGAGUCUGGAGCUGAGAGACGGGGCCUGCAGCGCAGAGCCACCCCUCACCCCAGCGAGCUGAAGGUGAUGAAGAAGGUGAUCGAGGUGCGGCGCAGCGAGGUGAACGCUGCCAAGGCUGAUGCCAACCCCAGCUCUCCCAACUCAGAGGAGAAGAGGCUGAGUGCCACGUCCAACCGCAGCGAGGACUCUCACCUGUCCACCAGCACGGCCUCUGUGGAGGGCAGGGCAGAGGAGAGGGAGCGGGGCUGGCCCAACGGGCAGCUGCCCGACCUGCACAGGGAGCUGCACAAGGAGGGCAAGCCCUGGGCCCAGGAGGAGCACAAGGAGGCUGCUGACCACGAGGAGGAAGAUGUGGAAGUGGAGUACAAUGAGCCCACCGUGCACUUCGCCGAGGACACGCUGAUCCGCAGUGAGGAUGAGGAUGAGGACGAAGAGCGGCCGUUCCCAGUGGAGAAGCAGAGGCUCAUCCGCAAGGACACGCCCCAUUAUAAGAAACACUUCAAGAUCACUAAGCUGCCCAAGCCAGAGGCAGUGGUGGCACUUCUGCAGGGCCUGAACAGCGACGGGGUGCCCAAAGAGGAAGAGGAGUUGGGAGGCUGCAAUAAUAACACGGAGCCCAGGGAUCAGGAGGAAGCGUGGGAUGAGGAUCACAGAAAGAACGGAGCUCUGUCUGCUCAGCCAUCCGUGAAGGGGGUGUCGUUUGAUCAAGCCAAUAAUCUGCUGAUUGAACCUGCUCGCAUUGAGGAGGAAGAGCUGACCCUGACCAUCGUGCGGCAGACAGGGGGGCUGGGCAUCAGCAUCGCGGGGGGCAAGGGCUCCACGCCCUAUAAGGGGGACGACGAGGGCAUCUUCAUUUCCCGUGUGUCCGAGGAGGGUCCUGCAGCUCGGGCAGGGGUCCGUGUUGGUGACAAGCUCCUGGAGGUGAACGGCGUGUCCCUGCACUGUGCCGAGCACCACGUGGCCGUGGAGGCGCUGCGGGGCUCGGGCAGCUCGGUGUCCAUGACGGUGCUGCGGGAGCGGAUGGUGGAGCCCGAGAACGCCAUCACCGUCACCCCGCUGCGGCCCGAGGACGACUACAGCCCCCGGGAGCGGCGCGGGGGGCUGCGCUUCCCCGAGGGCCCCGAGGCAGCCCCGGCCACCGAGCGCUUCUCCACCUGCCUCAUGCGCAAUGAGAAGGGGCUGGGCUUCAGCAUCGCCGGGGGCAAGGGCUCCACUCCCUACCGGGCUGGGGACACGGGCAUCUUCAUCUCACGGAUUGCAGAGGGCGGGGCAGCCCACCGGGACGGGAUCCUGUGCGUCGGAGACAGAGUCAUCUCGAUCAAUGGGGUAGACAUGACAGAAGCCAGGCAUGAUCAGGCCGUAGCGCUGCUUACCGCGGCCUCCCCCACCAUCGUGCUGCUGGUGGAGAGAGAGGGCAGAGCAGAGGAGCAGCCCGGCGAGGGAGGCUCGCCCCGCGCCCGCAUGCACUCCCCGCCGCCGGGCCCCGGGGACUGCCCGCCCGAGGAGACGCCAGCAGCACCCAGGAACCAGCUGGCCAAAGGGCUGGAGGAUCAGUACCCUGUCGAGGAAAUCCACCUGGUGAAAGCAGGGGGUCCCCUGGGCCUCAGCAUCGUCGGGGGCAGUGACCACUCCAGCCAUCCCUUUGGCAUUCAUGAGCCAGGGGUCUUCAUCUCCAAGGUGAUCCCGCGGGGGCUGGCGUCGCGCAGCGGGCUCCGCGUCGGGGACAGGAUCCUGGAGGUGAACGGCAUCGACCUGCGCCACGCCACGCACCAGGAGGCCGUCAGCGCCCUGCUCUGCAGCGCCCAGGAGCUCAGCAUGCUGGUCCGCAGGGACCCCCCUCCUCCGGGCAUGCAGGAAAUAUGCAUUGAAAAGGCUCCAGGGGAGAAGCUGGGCAUCAGCAUCCGGGGUGGAGCCAAGGGCCAUGCUGGCAAUCCGUUUGAUCCCACUGAUGAAGGCAUCUUCAUCUCCAAGGUGAGCUCCUCGGGGGCCGCUGCCCGGGACGGCCGCCUGCAGGUGGGGAUGAGGAUCCUGGAGGUGAACCACCAGAGCCUGCUGGGCAUGACGCACACCGAGGCCGUGCAGGUGCUGCGCGCCGUGGGCGACGCGCUGCUCGUGCUGGUCUGCGACGGCUUCGACCCCAGGGCUGCUGCUGCCAUCGAGAUGUCCCCAGGGAUCAUUGCCAACCCUUUCGCUGCUGGCAUCGGGCGCAAGAACAGCCUGGAGAGCAUCUCCUCCAUCGACCGGGACCUGAGCCCCGAGGAGCUGGAGAUCCUGCAGAAGGAGAUGGAAAUGGUGAGAGAAGCCACUCAGUGGGAGAGAGAAGAAAUGGAGAAAGUGGAGCGGCUGCGUAGGGAGCGGGAGGCAGCCACGCAGCAGCUUGAGGAGGAAGCAGAGAACGUCCCCAGUGAGCCCCUGCGCCUGGACUACCGGACCCUGGCAGCGCUGCCCAGCAGUGGCCUGCAGAGAGGCAACCGUGCUGCUCCUGUGGGCGAGUCUGGCACAGGAAAUUCCAGACGUGAAUCCCCCUAUUCUCCCAGUAAUCCUCAGGCUUCCAUUAACUUCAUCACAUCGCAGGAUGACAGUAAAUCUACCAAGCCUGGCGUCAUUCAGCCUCUCUCCCGCCUGCGACCGAGCGCUGCUGUGGCACUCAGGGCUGAGGAGGGGGACAGCCCCAACCCCUUCCAGCAGCCCCAGCCCUGCUUCAGGACCCACAGCUCUCCAAAGCCGUCGCCGCCGUCGCCACCCUCCCCUGAUGAGGUGCCCAUCAACGUCAAGCAGGCCUACAAGACCUUCGCAGCAGUGCCCCUGUCCCAGCCCCUGCUGGGGACACAGGAAUUGUCUGGUCAGAGCAGCACAGAAAACACCAAACUGGCCUCGGAGGUGGCCGCACACAGCCCCGGGGGACAGCACAGCCCUGAGCAGAGGUCCUUCCGUGAGAGGCAGAAGUAUUUUGAGAUUGAGGUGAAGCAGCAGCACCUGGACAAGCCUCCCAAGCGCGUGUCCUUGGUGGGGGAGGACGACCUGAAGAAAAUGAAAGAGGAGGAGGCCCGGAAGCUGCAGCAGCAGCGAGCCCUUCUGCUGGAGGAGGAAGCUGAGGAGGAGGAGGAGGGGAGGCAGGUGCCCGAGCCCGUGCAGUCCAGUGUCAUCAUCGAGGGCGUGGAGUACAAGGUGGAGAGGCUGAAUGGCAGGAGCAGCCAGGCUCCAGCAGCCCGGCCCUUGGAGCUCAGUGAGAACAACAGCUCCCAGAGGAAUUCCCUGGAGGAGGGGAUCAAGCCUGAGCACAGAACCAACUCCAUGUCAGGGCUGAGCCCCGCCGAGCCCGGCGCUCCCGUGCGCACGGCCAAGGCGGAGCGGCGGCACCAGGAGCGCCUGCGGAUGCAGAGCCCCGAGCUGCUGGCCCAGCAGGACAAGGAGCUGUCCCCCGCUGAACGCCGGGCCCUGGAGGCGGAGAAACGGGCCAUGUGGAGGGCAGCACGAUGCUCAGCUCUUGAAGACAGUGUUAAGCAGUACGAGCAGGACCUGGCCAGGAGGCUGUACCAGUCCCGGCAGUGGGCUGCUGCUCCCGGGGCCAGGCCAGCUCCCGUGGCCAGCCCAGGGCAGAGCCACACCUCGAGAACCCCUGGGUCAGGAGGCCAAUCCAGGAUGAAAUCCCUGGAGCAGGAUGCCCUCAAGGCCCAGAUGGUCAUUGCCAAGUCCAAGGAGGGGAAGAAGCGCAGCACCCUGGAGCAGCUGGCAGAGUCACCCUCGCCCGCGCCCACGCCGUCACCGACCCCGCUGGAAGACUGCAGCCCCAGGAACGUCACCUCCCCAGGAAGGCUGUCAAUGUCUGAAAAGAAGUUUGACUACCGGGAAUUUGCUGCUAUUCCUUCCUCCAAACCUGUUUACGAAAUCCAGUCCCCUGAUGCAGCUGAUGACCUCAGAUACGGGGAUGACCGGAGUAACUCAGUUCCCCGGGAGCAGGACGGGCAGCCGGAGGAGGAGGAGGAGGCACUGGGAGCAGGGGAUCCAGCAGCAGCAGCUCCCUCAGCCCUGGAGGACAUGGCCCUGUACAGCAGCAAGCGGAAGCUCCGGCACAGCCGGCGCAGCCUGGAGACCGCUGUCCCCACAUAGGUGACCCUGGGCAGUGGACUGGCCUGGCACAGCCUGGCAAUGGACUGGCCUGGCACAGCCCUUCGGGAGCUCCAGGGACAGCAGCAGGCUGCCCCCCUGCCUACGGACUCUGGAUGGGACUGAGCUCCCCGCGAGCUCUGUGGCCAACCGACUCCUCUGGGGCUGUGAAGCGCCCUCGUCUCUCACCCAACAGUGCACUGGGGCGCAUCCCAAAACUGGGACAACACUGGACUGACUGCUGGCAGAUGGAGAGGAAGGGUGGCCAGGACAGUGGGCAGCUUUUUAGCCUGUAAAUAUUGUGUGUGGGGAAGAGUAGGACAGGGAGAAUGUAGGAGUGUGAGAGUGUGUUGGGCUCCAGCUGUUACUGCCUCAGCUUGGGUUUUGUAGUGGUUAAAAGGAGCUUCUCCUCUGGUGGGAAUCAGGAGGAAGGUCCAGCCUGCCUUUACUCCUAUUUAAUUUCCAGUCUUUUGCCAAAAAGCAUCUCCUCCCAGCUCCUGCACUGUCACCUCACUUCCCUUUGGGAGUGUUUGGGAAUGGGAAGCUUGGAGGCAAAAAGAAGGAAAAAAAAGAGAAAAACCCACCAGAAUUCCAGCAAAGUGCCUCCCUCUGCCACUGGCACUCUGUGCUCAAGGAAAACCGAGCCAGCUCUCUGCCACCUGCCUCUGUCCUGGUGGGACACUGCUCCUGCUGGGGCUUUGUGCUGGUCUGGAACAGCUCCCUCCCUGGGUGGGCACAUCCCCCUUUGUCACCAUGGCGGGAGCCUCUCCAGAGCACACGAGUGGAGGAGUCUCUCCUGUGGCACUGGGGCUGAACUGAUCAGCUGGGGCAGGAACGGGACAGGGCCGACAGCCAGAGCAGGGGUGUAGGGGUGUGUGACAGCACUGGGGGCAGGACAGGGGGCAGAGGUGGGAGGUGUGACAGCAGGUAUCUUAGUGGGUAGAGUUCAGGAACUGGGGAUGGGUAGAAUGUGGAGUUGCUGGGGUCAGGUUGGGAGUUACAGGAUCCUACACAUGGAGAUGUUGGUGGGGAGUCCACAGUGCCCACGCUGGCUGUAGGGUGGGGUGGGAUGUCACGGGUGCCUGGUGUGGUGUGGGCUGGCAUGGAGCACCAGGAGCAGGAUGGGGCUGGCCCGUGCCUUGCAAUAACCACACAGUUCCACUUUGCCAGCUCAUUGGCUUCAGGCCCCUUCCCAUGGAGGACAGGGAAAAUGCACGUUUGCCCACACAAGAGGGGAAAAAGGAAAAUGAGAAAUGAGUGGGGGUGUGAGCCUUGGUUUCCACACGUGGAACAAGGGCUGUGAGCAGGUUCUGAAUCAAGUGAGCUCUGCAGAUGUGGAGGUCACAGCUGCUGCUCCCAAUUCUGUCAUCAGCCUCUGCUGCCACUAGUGAGGGGAAACAACCCUUUUCUUUUUAUCACUGCCUCUCACCGUGAGGAAGGUCCGAGCUCGGCACAAUCCCGGUCCCUGUCCAUUGGUGCUCUCUGACUCCCCAGUAAGACCAGGGUUGGACCUUGAGCCUCACAGUGGCUGGGCACUGACAGGCACAUCUGCUUGUACAUUUGCUGAAGGAAAGAGCUGGAUGCAGUUUUUGGGGUGCAGUUUUUUAGUUGAGCCUCUCCUUUCAUGCCAAAAUCCAGCGGAUCAUUUUAACUGACUCUGUACGUUUUGAUUUUACAGACUUGUGAAGGGGAACUCUGAUAAUCUCACGCUGCAGCCGCAGCUGCCUCCAUCAUCAGCAAUUUGAGCUUUUCCUUUUUAAAUCUAAUUUUAGCAUUUGCUUUUUAACAAGAGCAGUUUUGGAAACAAUCCUGGCUGGGUUUUGGUGACUAACUUGUGAUUCUUCUCUCCUUUCCCUGUGCGGUACCUGGUGCCAGGCUCUGGAUUCUCUCCCAUUCUCUCCCAAGAGACUCCGAGGGAAAAUUAGCGCAUCAAGACUGUAACUAGUGAAAUUUGUACAACCAAAGAAAUCUAUUUUGUGGUUCAAGGAUAAUAAAGUUUACUUUACAUUUUA